AUGCCAGUUAAGCUCUCACUCGCCAAGGCGCUGAUUAUUAUCAUGCUCGUCGUACUUUUGGCCACGGCAAUGGAGACGACAGUAGGGCUACCAGAGGAUGCCCAAGAAUCAGAUACGUUGCAUGUGGAUCAUACACCCCUGACCUUGAGACAGAAGCGUUACUUGAGGUCAACCGCGAACCUAACGUCAAGCACACUACUGCAAUCCAGUGUUGGUGCGAGAAGGCUGACUUCUCUUCUCUCGGAACUCAAGAAACUCUCUGCCAAUAUGGGUGAAAGUACGUCGGCGAUCAUCUCAUCGGCCACUACACACUUUAAAGCGACAAUGUUUGGCCAUCAGCAGGAAUUAUCGAACGAUAAGUUUAUUGACCUGAAGCUCAACGAUAUGGAACAAAAGCUCUUUGAUAACCCAAAUCUCGACAAGUGGAUAGAUUUCGUCAAGGCAAACACCCUUUCGCAAGAAGAAGCGGUUGCCCAAAUGUGCAGGACUCUGUGGCACAUGUUCCCAAAAAAUAGUGAUAGACAUGCAUAUCUGGUCAAAAAUCUAGGUGGAGUAAAAGCUUUAGACAAACAUGGGAAGAUAGCUAAACUUCUUCGCGAACGUCAGAUGGGGAUAUGGGCAAACCUGAGGAUGACGCCAAAAGAAGCAAGCGAAUAUCUGGGUAUGAACAGAGUAUUGAAAGACGAUCUAAUUGACAGCCCAGAAUUUACUAUGUGGGGUGCUUACAUGACCCAAAGACAUCAGGGUUACCGUGACGCUCUCCAUAUCCUCGCAAAACAAUUCGAUUCAAUAGAUGCUGAUCUGGUGAGGAAGCUAGCAGCAAUUCACGUCGACAGUGAGAGCUUCUCUUUUGCCCAAGGCCUGAUAUAUUAUUACUGCUGGUUUUUGCGCCAGGCUAAAAUAGAUCCGGCCAUAUUUUACAAGGAUCUAAAGUUUGAUAUUUCUCUAUUCACGGAAAAUAUUUCCAAGUCCCUGUUGAAGGAACCGCUUGUCAGGAUUUGGUUGGACUACACGUACUUGAAAGCGAUGGUUCAUUGGAAAAUCAACGAAAACCAAGUGUUAAAAACACUUAACGAUGUUUUUGGCGAUGGUAAUGGUAUGAAUAUCCUUAAGAAACUAAAAGGAAUGGAUAAUCUUGGCCGUGUUGGUGCAGAAAAUGAAACGAAUGAUUUGGCAACGUCGAUGGACAGGAUUCUAGAGAUAUUAAAGAAGAAUCAUAUUCCGCUGCAGGACUGA